GGGGCCGUCCGCGUUCAGCCUAUAAAAGGUCACCUGCGCCGCGCGACCGUAACCCCGGUCGGAGCGGGGCCGCGGAGGAGUCCAGCUGCUGGGCUUUCGGCCUCUGAAGAUCCUGUAAACAGCUGCCAUGGGAAGUAAAGGAGGAUUUGCCCUUCUCGGACUCCUGCUCAUCCUGGCUGCACUCUGCCAUUCAGGUCACAGCAUAAGGUGCUACCAAUGCAAUAAAAAUCCUCAACGCUGUCUUAAUGUCGAGGACUGUGGCGGUAAUUCGGACGCAUGUUUGUCUGUGGAGGCUGCGGCGGGGCAGAACAGAUAUUUUCGGUGUUGGAAAAGAAAGGAAUGCAACUACCUAGAUAUUUCAAGACUCCUGGGGGAAAGCCAGCUAAAGUACCGCUGCUGCGAGUACGACCUGUGCAACAGAGAUGACGCACCCAUGGUGUCAGGAAAGACAGCGCUACUGGUGGUCCCACUGCUGGCAGCAGCCUGGAACGUCUGUUUCUGAAUAAACUCCAAGAGGGCUGCUCUGAAACUCCCAUUUCUGUAUAUGUCUUAUCUCCUUUGCUGCUGCCUUCCUGAAGCUUCCUGUUUUUCCAGUUCAGUCCCGUAGAGAAAAGAGUAAAGCUCAUAGAAGGAAUUGGAUGAGAGAUUCAGAUGACCAGUCCUUUUUGGUAGAGAAGCCCCAUUUGAAGGAAGAAGUUUGGGGGAGGCGUGUGUGAUUUGAGCGAGGUUGUAUGCUUCUUCCAUGUCUGCCUUGCACUGACCCCUUGCAGAGUAGAUUCUCUGCAUUUCUCAGUUGCUUCCCUGAAUAUAUAUAUAAAUAGUGUAUAAGCAUGGUAAAUAUUACAGAUGUGGCUGUCAGUCAGAAGCUAUGAAAUUGGUGCUGGGAGGGGGGGCGGUGCUAAGAGGUAGAAUGGGGGUUUAAAGCACUUGGCCUUGCAUGUAACUGACUCUACUUUGCUUUUUUUUUUUUUUUUUUUUUGGGUCACACCCGGCGAUGCACAGGGGUUACUCCUGGCUCUGCACUCAGGAAUUACUCCUGGCGGUGCUCAGGGGACCAUAUGGGAUGCUGGGAUUUGAACCCGGGUCGGCCGUGUGCAAGGCAAACGCCCUAUCUGCUGUGCUAUCACUCCAGCCCCCUAACUGACUCUACUUUGAUCCCUGGCACUGCAUAUGGUCCCCUGAGAACCACCAGGAGUGAUUUCUUGAGCACAGAGCCAGGAGUAAGCCCUGAGCACUGCUGGAUGUGACCCCCAAACCAAAAAUAAAUGCUUAUUGUUAAAAAUAAAUUUAUACUGCAGAGUGAUUCAAAUUAAUUGAAUAUUUUUCAAAGGGUGCCCUGUGUGGAAAGAAAAAAACUUUCAGAUGAUAGGACAUGGAAAUAUAAGGUCUGCUUCAGAGAGGUAGCAGUGAUUAAAACCUAAACUUUCUUAGAUUUCUCAAUAUUCUAUGGUCUUGGCUGCCUUUAGCUAAAAAAAAGAAAAAGGCUAAAAGGAAAAAUGAAAAGUGUUAAAAUUAUUCCACCUACCAUCUUUCUUGUGUUGGAAUGCUGGGAAAUCUUGACUUUGUCACAUGUGGUUAAAGACUGAGCAUUUCAACAUUUUAUGUUACAUGUGACUUGCAGUAAUGAGUAUGCUUAUUUUGAAGUUUUUGGUUUCAACAUGGGUAUGAAGACGCUUACCUACAUGUGUUGUGUAUCUAUUGUAUUAGCACAAUGAGAAUAGUCUUUAGGGCUGUAAUCUGGGACUUCCCAAUGGAUUAUGAGCAUCAACAGGGAUGUGUUUGACAAGCUGACAUUCAGUGUGGUGAUUUCUAGCUGACUUGGUACAGAUUAUAUUUAAAAAAAAAAACAAACCUGCAAAGUUUAUUGCAUAAUCACUGCAUAAUCACAGAUGCCUAAGAUUUGGAAACCCUAUCAGUAUUUUAUAAAGUGAGACACCUUUCCAAGAAGAGUUUCUCCUUUUCUUGUGGGUGCUGGUGAUUAAUUCUCAAGAUCUGGUAGAGUUAAUGACGUUUGUGUUCUUAUCAUUUAAGUUGUAUUUAACAUCGUAGACUGAUCUUUGCAGAUGGCGGAAUUUCUUGAUUAAUGUUUUUAAAAAUACUUGAUUAUGUACUCUAUUAGACAAAUGGGAACGAAUGAUGCUUUUCUGAAAAUAAAAUCUAAUCAAAUAGAUGAGUAUGGUUAUUGACCCAAAGAACAUCAGGAUCUGGGGCUGGAGUGAUAGCACAGCGAGUAGGGCUUUUGCUUUGCACGCGGCCGACCAGGUUCAAUUCCCAGCAUCCCAUAUGGUCCCCCGAGCACCACCAGGAGUAAUUUCUGUGUGCACGAGCCAGGAGUAACCCCUGUGCAGUGCCGGGUGUGAUGUGUGAUGCAAAAACAAAACAAAACAAAAAACACCAACACAAAGAACAUCAAAAUCUGCACCCUGCUUUAUGCACAGAGAUUUGGUGCAGUUUCCUUUCCUGAUGCCAGUACUAGACACAGACAAAUGGAGACUGGCAGAUGAGAAGUAGCUUAAGGACAGUGGUGGAAGGUCUGGAGCACUUUGGUGGUGGUGAGGUGCAAUAACUACACAUCAGGGACCAGGGAGAUACUACAUCAAGUUGGGUGCUUGUCCUGUAUGCAGCUCACCCAGGUUUGAACCUUGGCAUCCCAGAUUGUGCCCUGAGCCCCUGCAGGGGUGAUCCCUGAGUACCUCUGGUGUGACAUAAAAAACUGGACAUCAAAACCAUAAUCUUGUUAAGAUACUUUUUGCAACCAAACAUGCCUGAGACAACUGUGGUGAGAAGGCAUAACUGACCACUGCUAAUUACACCCCACUCCUCCCCAGACUGCAGGAAGUUGAUCAAAUCCUGGGAUUGGAAGGGAAAUAGCAUGUGCAUGCUGAAUAAAGAAGCCUCUGGCUAUUAAACCUGAAACCAGGUUCCUCACCUAAUCUUUAUGGCUAAGCAGGGCUCAUAGGUGUCUC